UUUCGUCUUUCCACCUCCAUAUCAUCGAUUACCGCCAUAUUGAAUGAUAUACACAGUUAAUGACCCUUCACUCUACUCUACGCACUAAACCCAACUUGUUGAUCGAAAACCCUAAUCGUUCAUUGAAAUCUUGCAUUUGAUCAUCAACCGCAAUCGUAAGUUUGAAUUCACGAGGGAGGUCCAAAUGUGGGAAAUCAGGCCAAGAAAUCAGUGUUUUGAUGCAAUCCGAAUUUACGAAGGAUAUCCCACGAUGUUCACUAUUGAGCUCCAUCAUGGAGGGAGGUUCACAAAAUUCCCAGGGAUAAGCUACAUUGAAGGAAAAUUAGACCACAUUGACUUGGUAGACAUGGAUGAGUUCUCUGUGCAUGAGUUGGACGAGGUGAUGCUGAAGCUUGGUUAUGAUGUACCACCAGUCAUUUACUACCACUAUCAAUUGCCAAAUGGAGAUUUGGAGUUUGGUCUUAGAGCUCUAGGGAAUGAUAUUGAUGUACUUAGUCUUGCACAGUACAUUGAACAUCAUAAGAUCAUCAAGGUAUACACUGAACAUAAUGAAACUAAGUUACUUACAUACUUUAUGUCUCCAAGAGUUAAACCUAGGGUCAUAAUUGAGGAAAUAGCAGAUGAUGUGCCCACUGCAACUGUUGGUGAUCAAGAUGUCCCAAAUCUUGAAUUGUGUUUAGUAAGAUAUGAGACACCCGAAUACAAUUCAAAUAAGAGAUUGAGGUUAGUUGAUGGGAGUCAAUCAUGUAGUAAGAAAUUGUGUUUCAACUUGGAACACACUGCAACUGUUGGUGAUCAAGAUGCACAUGUUGAAAUUGGUAAUGAAGGUGCAAAUAUUAGUGAGCAAGGUGCAACUGUUAGUGGUCAAGAUACACAUGUUGAAAUUGGUAAUGAAGGAGCAAAUGUUAGUGAUCAAGGUGCAACUGUUGGUAAUCAAGAUACAGAAGUUCAUGAUCAAGGUGCAAAUGUUGGUGACCAAGAAGUAAAUACAAGAGAGUUUGAUACCUUUGAUGACCAACCAUUUCAAUUUGAAGACUUUGAUCCUUUCUUUGAUCAAUAUACUUUUAAUGAUGGUAAUGAUCAGAGUAUGGGUGUUGGUGCAGAACUUGGCACAGGACUAGGGGAAGUUCAAUUUGAAAGUGAGGGAGUUUGUGAAGGACUUGGUGAAGGAGGUAGUGAAGGGGGUAGUGAAGGGAGUGAGGAAGACAGUGAUUUUCUUGAAGAUGAAGAAAACUAUGUAAGUGAUAUUGAGGUGGACAUGAGUGAUUUCUAUAUGAAUGUUGAUCUAGAUGUUGAAUAUGUUGACAGAGGAAAAGGUGUUGAGACUGAAAAUGAAGUUGUUGAUACAGAAGAUGUUGAAGAUGUUGAAGUAAUUGAUAAUGAUGAAUGGGACUCAUUAGGUGAAGAUAGUGAUGAUGAAAGAAGGAAAGCAAUAUUAAAACAGAUGGUGAAGGAGAAGAAGUGCUCUCUUGGUGAAGUCCAUACAGUUACUUUUCAAGUGGGUCAAAAGUAUAAAAGUAAAAAGGAAAUUAAGAACAAAGUCAACAAACUUGCCAUUGAGACUAGAAGGAAUCUUGGCUUCAAGAAAAACGACAAAACAAGGCUUAGGGUUGUGUGUAAAGGUAAUGUACCUAAUGUAAAUGCAAGUGGGGUAGGUAAGGGCAAUAAAUUAAAUUGUUCUUGGUCAAUGCAGACUUCACGGUCAAAAGAUAGUGAUUAUUGGUAUGUGAAAACUUUACUGGACAAACAUACUUGUGUUCAAACUAGAAAACUUAGGGCUUGCACUGCGAAGUAUAUAUCUGCAGAAAUCUUAGACAUGGUCGAGUCUAACCCUACAGUACCCCUUCGAAGCAUUCAAGAGCAAGUUCAGAAGAGGCUUCAAGUUGGUGUGUCCAUACACAAAGUACAGAGAGCAAAAGCAACAGCUACAAAGCAAGUGAGUGGUGACUACACAAAGCAAUACGAGGUGUUAAGAGAUUAUCUUAUGGAACUACAAGCAACUAAUGUGGGUACAACUGUGAAGCUUGAGGUUGUUAAUGAGCCUAACAGUACUAGAGAAACAAGGCAGUUUAAAAGGGUGUAUAUUUGCUUAGGGGCAUUAAAGAAAGGGUUUAAAGCAGGUUUAAGAGAUAUUCUGGGACUAGAUGGUGCUUUUAUGAAAGGACCCUUUCCAGGCCAAGUACUCACAGCAGUUGGAUUGGAUUCAAACAACGGCAUAUACCCACUUGCAUAUGCCAUUGUUGAGACUGAAAAUAUGAGUAGCUGGAAAUGGUUUCUAGAAUGCUUGGGAGAUGACUUAGAGUUGUGCUCAAAUUCUAACUUUACUUUCAUGAGUGAUAGACAAAAGGGACUCUUACCUGCUAUAGCACAACUAUACCCACAGGCUGAGCAUCGAUUCUGUCUAAGACAUAUUUAUGAGAACAUGAGGAAAAAAUGGAAAACAAAAGAGUAUAAAGAUCACUUAUGGCAGUGUGCAAUAGCAACCACAGUACCAGAAUUUGAACACUACAUGAAUGAACUUAACAAGUUUGAUAAGGAUGCUUUUGAGUGGUUGAAGAAAAUCCCCCCUCACCAUUGGGCCAGAAGCCACUUUUCAGGCAGAGCAGGAUCAGAUAUAUUGCUCAACAAUUUAUGUGAGGUUUUCAACAGUAAGCUUAUUCAUGGUAGGAAUAAGCCCAUCAUAAGUUGUCUUGAGUACAUCAGGCAGUACCUUAUGAAGAGGAUUUGCAAUGUGAAGAAAGUGAUGUCCAAAGCUCCAGGUCCACUCACUCCAACAGCAUCAAAGUUACUUGAGAGAAAUAGGGAAGCUUCAGUCCAAUAUAGAGCUAGAUGGAAUGGGACUGCAAAGUAUGAAGUUUAUGGUCCUUGGCAUGACCAGCAUGUGGUUGACAUGAAAAAUAUGUCAUGUACAUGUAGAAGGUGGGAAUUGAAUGGGAUUCCAUGCAGGCAUGCCAUAGCUACAAUACAUGAAAUGGCUGAUAGUGGAGACAAAGUUGGGGAGCUUUACACUUAUGUUAACAAAGUGUAUUGGCUUCAAACAUGGAAUGAAGCUUACUCUUACACUGUGGACCCUAUAAAGGGUAGAGCCAUGUGGCCAAAAAGUACCUGUCCAUUUCAAUUAACACCACCACCACAUCACAAUCAACCUGGGAGACCUAACACCAAGAGAAAGAGAAGUGCAGAUGAAAAAUAUGAUAAACAGAUGCAAAAUCAUGGUGCAGGUGAACCUGAAAAACUUACCAGAAAGUUUGUUAGUGUUAGGUGUGGGAAAUGCAACAAUAGGGGUCAUAACUCAAGGACGUGCAAGGGUCAAGGUGGGAAUGCAGGAAGAAAUGAAGGAGGGAAUGCAGGAAGCAGUCAAGGAGGGAAUGCAUGAUGCAGUCAAGGAGGGAAUGGAGGUAGCAGUCAAUGCAGGAAUUAGUGUAUUUUGUUUAAAAACUUAUCUUUUGGUUUAGCACAACUUUUGUGCAUUUGGAUGUAAUGGUUUAAAACUAGUUUGUUGUAAUGGUUUUAUUUUGGUCUUUUAGCCCUUUUGGUCAUGAAACUAAUGUCAACCUUUUGUCAUUGUUGAA